AUGACAAUACCUCUUUGGAAACUAUCGCUUCUUCUUCCUGUCUGGGCCAACUUAUUGGAUUCUAGUUGGGCAUUGAUUGUGUCGCCACGGCCAACAGCAGGUUUGACAAAUCCCUAUACCGGUACCGGUAGCAGCCAGGACCAAUCUCUGGAACAGUCCUUUUCUGUGGCAAGAAUACGAUCGACCCGCCGACCCGAUGUAGAGCCGGUGGCGGACCUAUUGUCCUCGGCCAUUACGGGAGAUGCGUCUGGUUUCAAGGCGCGAGUGGAGAGGCUACGAAUCAAGUCGUCUGUCGAAACGACUCUGGACCUACGAGUGCGAGCCAUUCAAGAGGGAAAACAACACUUGAGUCAGGCGGUUGCGACUCCACCAGGCGAAGCCAUCAAUGAAAAAUCGGAUCAUUUGAGGUUUCUGUGGUCCAACGAAUCGUUUCGGAACAAGAUUGCGCAAGCAGCAGAGCUAUCCAGUGAACCUCAUCCAUGGGGAUACCAUAAUUUUGCCAUGGCACCAAAGGACCCGAACUGGUUGAGGCAUGAAAUGAUUACUGCUGAGUGCACGAGAACCGGAGCAAUCGUUGGAUUCUGUGAGAUUGCCAUGCUCUUGAGCCCACCUCAGACAGCGCCCCCACAGUCGUAUGGCGAUAGCGGAGGCGGCAACGAGGAGGAAGAAUACUAUACAACAAGAUGUCUGCCCACCAUUGCCAACCUUGUCGUAUCUCCUGAAUGGAGAAGGAGAGGAAUUGCCAAGGGACUGAUUAGGAGUGCGGAACGAGUUGUGGAAAGGAAAUGGAAGUCAGACGAGCUUGGAUUGUACGUUGAAAAGCGGAACACAAAAGCCAUCUACCUUUACUCAAAUGCUGGUUUCCAGGUCCAAGCGUCGCUGCAAGAAGAGGACAACCCUGACAAGUGGUACAUGUGCAAGGAACUGAAGACCCAAUAGCGGCUACGGGGCUUGUAGCCAGUCCUAAAUGCCAAUAGGCACAAUUUUGAACUCUCAAGACUAGCCAGAAGUCGCAAUGUGCUCUGGGCAGGAGUAUCUUAUGUGCACCCUGCCCAUGAUACCGGUAGGCUGCCAGUGGAAUGAAGGUGUACGCAAAAGUGCUGCAGAAUCUGGCCAUGGAAAUCCUAAAAUAAUUUGCCGAUGAUAAUGGCUGCCCGUGAGAUGAAGGUGUCUGCAAGCUUGAAGUGAAAAUGUCCUGAUUGCUCAUUUACACGCGCCCGCUGAAAGUUGUGUUUUCUCUGGGCAUCGUAAGGUGGCUGUCUAACCACCCCUGAUGGAUCUGUUGUCGGAAUCGAAUCCUGGUCGACAUUCGAUCUUCCCGCGAACGCUUAUCAAAAAGAGUUUACGGUUCCACACUGGCACAAAACUAGCCAGCUUAACAUCGCAAUGCUCAGCAACUAAAUCGACGGCAGAUAAGACCAGCGAUUGCUCCAAAGUUCUGCAUUGGUGGGAAGGGGGCCGUGGUGCACAGGCAACUGGGGUGGCAAACUCACCCACUAUGUGCAGUGCCACAACCUAAAAUACUUCAAGAAAGCCAAAAACACUUCAGCAGAACCGGAAGCUUGCUAGCAGUUAGACCUUCUGUUUCCACUCCAUAGUCUACUAACUCAAAAGCCUCCACCGUCCUUCGCUUCAACAAGGCUCAUAUCCAUCGGGCUUUACGUCCACACUCGUAUAUCGCAAACUAGCCUCUUACGGUACAGCACAAUCCUCCUCAAAAGUCCAACACGCUGCCAAUCAUUCGACCUCCAAGCUCUUGCAAUUCAGCUUCGAUGCGGCACUCCACUUCAUCCGCGUUGCUGGCGACACCAUUGUUAUUUUUGUUGCUGGUGUCGCCUGCGAAUGGAUUCUUUUGGUUUACUGGAGCGCUCAUCAUCAUCAUCAUCGGACUCUCACUGUGAAAUCCACCAGGCACAAGCGGUGCAUUGUUCCAAGAAAAAGGCGAGGGUUCUGGAAUCGUGCAGGUUGUGGACGGUGUUGAAGGAACCAGAGAGGGCAGUUCGUUAUUGUUGCGUACAGGGGUAAAGAGAUCAGAUGCGGUACUGUGGUUGUUGGUCAAAGCAGGUUGUUGUAGCUGUUGUGGUACACGAGCAAAACCCGGUGGCGCGGACAAACCAGGUGGGGGACGAACAGGCCGCUUUGGUGUACUCAUGCUUCCAAGUUGAUUCAUGGGUGGUGCAGCAGUCCUGGUCGACGUGUUCCACAGACCCAAACCAUCACUCUCAGUGCGGGGACCAGUUGGCAUUUGACUGUAAGACGUAACAAAGGGAUUUCCGGUUGUGUAGCUUUGGGCAGGCGCAGGUGUAAUAGAACUUGUUGCACCGACUUUCGUUGGUUGCAAAACAACAGGAAGAGCCGGUAAAGACCACGAGGAAGCCCCAAUUUCACAAGAGAACAAGGACUGCGAGUAUGGCGAGAAAGGCGGCAAGCGGCUGUUGUUUUCGUCGUUGCUGUUGGUUGCAUGGCCACUAAUGAGAGUCAGGUUGUUGCGUUCCGUGUUAAGCGAUGGCGAAGCGAUGACAGGAGACCCAGAGAUAACAGUUGUUGCGUUGUUGGCCCGGGGAGAGGGAGUCGUUGAAACUAGCAAAGUGCUAUCAAAGGUUGUUGGCACUGGCGACACGGUUCGAGCGGCCUUGGGUGGAGCUGGCUGUGCCUUGUUUGUCACGGCUUUCUUUCCCUUGGCACCACGAGUCGCACGAGCAUUCUGAGCACUAUAGGUUCCCUUAGCAGCGGCUGGAGCGGCAGCAGUCUGUUUGGAGCUGUAUUGGUUUCCGAAUCGAUUAUCAGUCAUGGUGAAUUUGGGCACGGGCUUGGCCAUUUUCAGAGCUUCUGCCCGAGCGGCGUUGGGAGCUGGUGGUGGCAAUUUACCACCACCAGCCUUUCCUUGCUUUUGUCCCUUGGUCUUGCCAUUGCUGUUCGUCUUUGCUGCUGCAGAUUUACCUUUACCUUUGGGUGGCGAGGUGACGACCGCACGAUUGGAGCGGGGUGUUGGCUGCUGCUGUUGCUGUCCAGAUCGAACCGAGAAAGACGAGCACGAAAUAUCAUCCGACAUGGACGUGGUAUCCACGGUACAGACAGAGGGCACAGGAGUUCUCAACUUGGCAGUGUCACAGGUUUCAUCCGAGCUGACAACCGAUUCCAGUGCGGACGGUGACGUCAUGAUGCUACCUUCCUCAAAACAAGACGUGCUGGUGGGUGGUGCGGGUGCAGGCGAAUGCACAACGUUGACAUCACCGCUGCUGCUUCGACUAGCUCCAUCCGAUGCGACUUCUUCUACCUUGGGUAAUCGUAGAGCAUUGUUGUUGGCGUUGCUGCUACUGUUCCCGGCCGUUUUUAUCCGUCCUCGUGCAUUAUUUUUUCCCUUUCGUCUACGUCGUUUCUUUUCCGCGCCACUGGAGCGACGCUUGGUUGAGCUGGUUGCGGCAGUCCCACUAUUAUUCUUGUGGUGGGCGACGCAGUUGGACAAGAAAGCUUUGUGCAUGGCAAUAGCGACAAUCAGAACCAGGAUAAUGGAUGCGGAUGCAGACACAGUCCCCACGACCACUCCAUAAUCCCGUAUCAUGAUUGCCCAACACGUGGUAGACGAUUGCAAGAUGGAAACCAUAGUGUCGCUGUUUGUUUGAACGAAUUCACGCGGUAGAUCCAAGGCCAAUUUAGUACAACAAACGUGAGCGAGAGACGAGGCAAGGGAGAGGGGAGAGAGCACGAGUGGGUCAGAGGACGGUUCUGCAGGUGUGACAUCCAUGUCCGCGAAACGUGCUUUGAUGUGAAUGACUCCCAGCACGGCUCCAUCAAGUGAAGGAGAGGGGCAGCUAGCUAGAUAACCUCAAGGGGAGAGGGCUAGCUAGCUGCCACGGGAGUCAUCACCAUGCAGUCGCAGCCAAGCCCUAUCAUCAGAAUGAGAACUCACCGUAUCUUGCGCAACAUGAUCCAUGUCAUGCCAUCCGGAUGAACGACCAAAGCGACGACGGUGAGUAUAGCUAAUGCCACCAAUCCCGGCGGUGGCCAGGAGCCAUCGUUGACUACUUGUUUGUGGUGAUGAUGAACAUGACAAAGCGAGUUGGGAGAACUGGCACAAGCGGUACAGGUAGCAAUCGCCGCCGAGUUUCCCAGUAGCAGCGAUUGUAGCAAUAAAAAGUACUUGCGGGGUCCAGACACUGGGGUCGUCUCGUUCUCGUCGUUGUGGUCGUCGUUGGCCACCACAAGCGACCGCAGAGCCGUCACGACGCCUUGAAGCCACAGCAGCAUCAUCGAAAAACAAGUCAAGAUAUCCCAAGAAGCAGUAGUGCUGUCCACGUCGAUGAAAUCCAGCGUCGCCGAUUCCUUCUUGUUGCCGUCAGUAGUAGUAGAUGCAGUCGUAGUAGAUGCAGUGCUCGUCGUCGUUGUUGUUGUAGUGAUAAGGGUAGGAUUGCUGUACGAAGUGGUAGUGGAAUAGAAUUCCGAAUAGAGCAGAGUGGCGGGGUGAUGCCCCUUGACCAGCUCCGCCUGAAUCGCUAUCGGCGCCAUGAGAAACUUCUUGGAGUUUUUCUUGAUACAGAGCUGCUUGUUACUUGUGUCUUUAGCUUGCUGGUUUCAAAUGAUAAAUGAGAUGGCCACCACAAGAAAACCUCAGGCACUUUUAUGUGCGUCGCUAUUUGGUUCGAUUCAAUUCAAGUAUCGCUCUGCAGAUAAUAGCAAUAGCAAUAGCAACAGGGUAUAUACUAUCUGGCAAACAACACAGACGCCUCAAUGGCUGUUAUAGUUGCUGUGAGAACAGACACAGCUCUGUGCUCUUGCUGCACUCUGUUGGUUGUUGUGGUACAGGUACAGGUAUCCAAACCAACCAACUGUGUCUGCCUUGAUCAAUGUCCGCCAAGAAGAGGGGGGUUCUGUCGCUUUCUUUCUUGUCGUUCAGUGGUGGUAAGGCUUCCAUGCAUUUAUUACCGCACAGCCACGAGGACACAAAAAUGCAGCGAUGCGAGAGUGCCGUAGAUACCAUACGCACGGGCCACGCGCUCGCGCUCUCCUUGUCCCAAAAGGAUUUUAAUCCAGUCGAAUGAGUCGAAUGAUGCAUGCCCAGGUCAUCCUCUUCCAAAAGAAGAAGCAAAGAAAAAGAUCCAAAAGGGAGACAGGAUCUGGCAAAGAUUUGGCACCCUUGGGCCAGCCUUUAGUGGGUUGGGGUAUCGUAGCAGCGACCUGUAGUUAUCUGGCAUUAAACUAGCAUUUCUCGCCAGAUAAUAAAGCAGGAGGUUCCUCUCAAGCAAGCAAGUAGCUAGGUCUAGCUAGCUCAGAUGCGAUCGAGGAGUCUCCAAAUUGCUGUAUUUCAUUGGCUGGCUCCCAGUUCGUACUCCCAGAUAGAUACCGUAGGUGAUGAGAAGCCCACAGCUAGUAGAGAGAUUGGCGGGUCGUCCGUUUAUUUGACUUUAGGGAAAUAGCUAGCUAGCUGGCCAGCGGUGGCGUCAAGUUGGUGUGAUGUUCGUGUAGCUGUUCGUGUGCGGUAGAAAGGAGCCAAGGGGGGCGAAAGCACUAUAAAGCAAAAGUCCCUCCAAAAUGCAAGGAGGCGCGCUCCGUAAUGAACGUUCUGUAGUACUAGUGCAUAUCCAGCCAAUGGAAGAGGUACGGUACGGUACGCCACUACCGGUACAGUAGAAUGGGAUGCACCUCUUUGGAGUGUUUAGCACCCCAUCCUUCUUUUUUGUUUGAAUAAGACCGUGAUGGAGGGAACAAUGGUCUUUUCCUUGGUACCGGUACCCGUGUUAUUAAUAAUAGUAUUAAUAGCUAUUUUAAAAUACCUGGUAGCACCUCUUGUGUCAUCAUAGUACGCCCAGCUUCAGAAGUCAGAAGG